UGAUCAGCACUAGUAAGUUAGAAGUAUUUAGUAAUUUCCGGUUUAACGUGGAGUUUCGCGUAGUGUUCUUAAGCUACUGCAGAAAUUUCUCACAGCGUUGUUCUCUUCCCACUUGAUAAAACUAUGUCUAGACGGAAAUAAAUUAGCCACUUAAUUGACUUAAACUGCAGGUUGAAAUAAUAUCUGAAUUGUACGAGUAAUAAGUCGUAUUACUGAUUCGCAGCACUGUGGCAGUUAUACCGUUCCCCAUUCGAAAAUUUUACCAUGUCCCAGAAUUCAACGUCCCCUGCGUAUUUACAGCGUCGCGGCGCCAUUGACGGGGUGAUCGGUCGCAUGAAGCGUGCAUUAUCCCUCGCCGAACUGAGCGAUGUACAGUUCGCCGUGGGGCGCGACCAUGGCCAAGAAAAGAUCUUUCAUGCUCACAAGAUGUUUUUGAGCCUGAGCAGCGAUGUUUUUCACGCUAUGUUCUACGGGAAUUUGGCUGACGGUAACCUUGAUGUCAUCCAGAUCCCCGAGAUUCCGUCCGCAGCAUUUGCUAACAUGCUCAGUUAUAUGUAUAUACGAAAAUGCCGUGGACGAUCUGAAUUGGCAGAACGUAUUUCCCACCUUGUACUGCGCCGACAAGUAUGACCUGCCAUGGCUGGCGGAGAUCUGCUGCGUCUAUAUACUGGUGGAGCUCAACACAGAGAACUGUCUCAUAGCUCUGGAAAAUAUCAACGUUUGGGGCCCGAAUUUCGACAGUAUUGUGGAGGCAUGUUUGGAUCUGAUAGACGCCUCGGACGGUGCCGUCUUCCAUUCGGAAUACUUCCGGG